AGGCUAUGUAUGACUAUGGUGAAUACUCCAUUUCACUGAAGCAAUUGCAACAAAGGAAACAACAGAAAAAUGGUUCAAACGCUGUCAAUGCCCGUGGCACCUUCACUCUCUAUCAUCUGCAAUGGCCAUUUCUCCAACAGAGUUUCCUUCCCUGUUCUCAACGCUCCCAAACCAAAGGUUCAAAGAUUAAGCAUUGUGUGCGUUCGUGUUGGUGGUGUGGAAAUUCCAAACAACAAACGAAUUGAAUUCUCGCUGCAAUACAUUCAUGGAGUUGGAAGGAACAGAGCGCGAACGAUUCUAAGUGAUAUCCAAAUGGAAAACAAAGUGACAAAGGAACUGAGUGAGGAAGAGCUUAUUAUUCUCAGAGAGGAAGUAUCCAAAUACACCACUGAAGGAGAUUUGAGAAGGUUUAAUGCACUUAAUAUUAAGAGAUUAAAGGAGAUCCAGUGUUACAGAGGAAUAAGGCAUAUUCAGGGACUUCCUUGUAGAGGACAGCGUACCAAGAACAAUUGCAGGACAUUGAAGGGUAAGAAAGUUACUGUUGCUGGCAAGAAGAAAAAGUAAAUUUUUACUUUUUUAUUGUAGUUGCUUUACUUGUUGUGCUAUAAAAACAAACAAAAAACCAAUGUAAUGUAAUGUAAUGUAAUUUUCUGUUGUGGAUGUUUAAUGAAGUUUAUUAACAAUUUAUCGCGCCUUGAGCCACUGGUUGGCCAUGGUGGGAAGAAAAAAAGUUACGGGCACAUAGGUUUGGUAAAGUUACA